AUGGCGGGCAGCGAUGCGAAUGGCGAGGGUCUGGCGCGCAGGAGCGGCGCGUCGCGGCGGCCGGCGGCCUCCAGCGGGCGGGAAGGCGAGGCUGCCGCCGACCGCCCCGAGCCGCUGUCCACUGCUGAAGCACCAGCCGAGGGCGCGGAGCUGCCCGUCUGGAUGCGCCUGUACUUCUACGGGAUGCACGGGAUCACCCUGGACGUGCUUUCGUCCUCCGCGCGGCUCUUCGCUCGCAGCCCCGACCUACGAAUGCUGGGCUUCUCCUCGCCUUACCGCUGCCUCUUGCACUUGCUCACCCACUUCGCUCUGGAGAAGGUGUACCUGCAACAGCGGCGCUGCCCCAGCGCCUUCGUCUUCAAUUAUCUUCUCUACCCCUCGGCGCACGUGGUUCUGCAGACCCUGGCGGGCCAGGCGCUGCUGCUUAGCCUGGGCGGCGGGCUGAGGGGCGCGGGGGCGCUGGGGGCGCUGGGGGCGCUGGACCUGGUGCUGCAGUACAUCCUGGCGCUCUACCACUCGCAAGUGUUCCUGAAGCGCUUCCUGCGCUUGCGGUACCGACGGCAGCUGCAGCAGCAGCGACCGGGCGCGCCCCUCGCCCCUCCUCUCACCCGAGCCCCCGCGGCGGCAGGUGGCCGGCGGCGAGGAUCCCGUGGCCCCCCGGGCACCGAAGGAGCCCCCAGCAAGGGGCUGCCGGACCUGCUCCGUUUUAUUUUUUAUGGAAUGCACGGCUUUUUGGAUGAGAUUUUCUUCACCUUCUUCUUUAACGUGCUGGGGCAGAGAGACGGGGCAACCAGUGGCCACACGUCGCUCUGGUCGUUCCUCAUGUAUGGCAGCUGCAGUUUCGUGGUGGAAAAGCUCUAUUUCCACCUUCACUACAGUCGAGGCUGGAGCACCUGGAAGCGGGUGCCCAUCUACGUGAUCUUCGUCUACCUGUGGGAGCUGUCUUGGGGUCUGGGACUCCGCGCGUGCGGCGCUUGUUCCUGGGACUAUUCUCACUACCCGCUCAAUUUCAUGGGCCUCAUCACCCUGAUGUAUUUGCCUGGUUGGAUAUUCCUUAGUGUGUACCAGGACCUACUUUCCAACGUGUUGUGGCGGGUGCAGUACAUACCAAUCGACUAA